AAAAAAAAAAAAAAACUUAAAAAGGUGAAAUAUAUUUAACCCAAAUAAAAUUAUUUUUGAAAUCCCAGAGUUUUGAAUAUUUAAACAAAGAGAAAUAUUUUAAACUAAUUUUCUAAGUUGAUUGUUUUUCAUUUUUAAAUAUGGUAGGAGACCGAUGCUCUGACUUUGAACCAUGCAAAUACUAUAAAAAAGACAAGUAAGAUCCAACAAACCCAUUGGUGAAAUUAAUAAUUAAUGGUAAGCCUGCAUGCAUACAAGCUGUUACCGUUUCAAUAUCAACGACACUAUUUAAGAGGUUUGGGCUUUCCCAAGCACAAGAGACAUGAUACAUGGUAGAAACCGCCCCACACUUCAUAGACAGAAGGACAGACCACCUUGUGGUCGCCGCCCUCAAUUCAAGCCAUCUAUGUAUAAAGCCUCUAUAUUUCCACAAACCCUGCAAAUAGGCCUUCCAUUCUCUGCAUUUUCUUCACAUAUUACUCACAUUCUCCUCCCUUUUCUCUUCCACCAUGGCUUCCCUUUCAUCAAUUUCCUCUUCUUUGGCCACACUCCCUUCCACUCCCUGCAGUGCCCGGGGCUCUGCUCGCUUGCCCCGCAGCUUAUCUGCCAUUGUAAGGGCUACCCCAUUUGGGAAUUCAGUUGGGCUUAGGCUUGUCUCUAAGAUCAGGAUCACAAAUGGUGGAGUGAAGAGAUCAGUACAAGCUCCUGGUUGCUUCAAGACUACAAUCUCAUGCGAAGCGCAACCAGAGACCCUGCAGGCAGUUCAAAGCACCAUUGCCAAGCAGCUUUCCAUUGAAGAAAGCCGUCUCACUCCCGAAUCAAAGUUUGCUGAUCUGGGUGCUGAUUCUCUCGACAUUGUUGAGAUUAUGAUGGCUUUGGAGGAGAAGUUUGGAGUGGCAAUUGGAGAAGAAGGAGCACAGAACAUCCAUACUGUUCAAGAUGCUGCCAAUUUGAUUGAGAAAAUGAAGGCUGAUGCUUAGGCUAACUUUCAUUUUUGUAUUCUAAAUCCUGCCAGAGAUUUUCUCUUUUGCCAAACUUUAUAGAGGUUGUCAAGCUGCUUUUCAAUUUUCCUCUGUAAUGGAGACCAAAAAAUAAUCUAUGCUGAUGGUUUCAU